AGUUGAAACUGUUGCAGAGGCAAGACUUAUUCUUCGUCCAACCGCAAACAAUCGAACUCUCCUUUUGCAUUCCUUGCUGAAUUGCUAUUGUGCGUAUUGUGUAUCAAUUGUUACUCCAAAAUUUCACAAACUAAGUGAUAUCUUUAGAACUUGAACAUUCAAUCUCAGUGGAUAAGCAAAUUUUCCUGUGAAUGCUGGUAGACUGUUACUGAUAUCUGUGACUAGUGCAAGAGAUAUAGUGUAGUUAUGACAACCCUUACCCACCCUCACUAUGGAUUUCCCCUGUCAAUGGGUUUGGACAUACCCACACCCGGAGACUAUGCACCUACAUCGAACCACAGUCCGACGGACAUGAAACCACGAAUGGGUUUUCCACCCACAUCAGCCAGUCUCACCGUCAGCCAAUCACCAAUUCAGACACCCUCAUCCCAGGCCGGACAGACCCCUACAUCGGGUGGUACGUCAACAUCCCCAGGCCAAGAAGGUCACAUUAAGCGCCCCAUGAAUGCCUUCAUGGUAUGGUCAAGGAUGAAGAGGCGUCAGAUUGCCAAAGACAAUCCCAAGAUGCACAAUUCGGAGAUCUCAAAGCGUUUGGGGGCCGAAUGGAAGUUACUUAAUGAGGCUGAGAAGCGCCCCUUCAUUGACGAGGCGAAACGCCUCAGGGCGCAACAUAUGAAAGAGCACCCUGACUACAAAUACCGCCCCCGCCGGAAGCCCAAAAAUCCACUCGGCUCCAAUGGACCAUCGAGCCUCCCACUUUCAAUGCAGGCUCCCGGAAAGGCAUCCCUGGGUGCUGCUUACAAUCCCUUCCACCAACUACCACCGUACUUUGCACCAAGCCACCCUCUGGAUCAUUCCACCUAUCCCGUGCCAUAUUUCAGUGGAUUUGAUCCCCUGACCCUUAGCAAAUUGCACCAGAGUCAGACUAAUCAACCCACCGUCUUGGAGGCCCAGAAAGCACCUCAGAUGCCCGCCACCAGCCUAGGAUCCUUCUAUUCAGGCAUCUAUGGUGGAAUAUCAGCAGCACCUGCCCUAUAUGCAGCCCACACCGCCAGCAAUGCCUACACAUCGUCAGUGAGCUCAACAUCACCAAGUUCAAGUCCUGGCACAACCACCUCACCAAUGGACAUCGCGGAUACCCUCAGGAGGCCCGUACCCGUCAUCUACUAAGGCUCCUGCAAUUGGGACCCUAACCAACAUCGACAGACUGGACAAUGCAAGACAUUAAGAGCACGUGUAGCUCCUAGAGAAAGAAACCUCAUCCUAUCUCAGACAUUCUUUCAUCUUCGUAGGACUAGGAAUACCCUAGAUGCGUUCAAGUGUAGAGUAUUUAAAUUAUAGCAACACCUAGUUAGUAAUUUUUAAUUAUACCUCCUUUGUGUUAUGUCCAAACUGUCUCUUAUGCUCAUCUUCAACAUUUUCUGUAAAUAUAACUUUUGAAUCCUUUCAGUCGGUACCCGACACCAAAUGAAGAUGAGCACGAGACUUAGUGUUAGCGUAUCAAAAAUUUAGGUAUCUAAUCAUUGCAUUAAUUUACUGUUUUCUAUUUGCAAGUGUACAGGAGAUUAUUGUAAAAAAAAUACAACUUUGUAGACUUCUUUAACCCAAAAACAACAAAGACCCACUUAACAAUUCAAUUAGCUUUAUUUGUUGGAUAAAUUUAGGAUACCUACCUAAAUCCUAAGCCCUACCACCCUUCUUUCACCCUCCUAUCAGGCCAACAUUAGUGUUUAAGGCAAAACAACCAAUGUUGAGAAGUGACAACAAAAGUAAUUGAAAAUAAAUUAAGAAUGAGCUGAA